CUGCAUUGCACCCGAAAGCCUCAGGCUCCUCAUCAGAAUCUUUUCAGUUAAAUACAAGAUCAAGAUGGCAGACACAACUGAAGAUUCAAAUUUCAUCUUCUCACGAAAGGCGAUCGUUUUAACUCUUGAAAUUGCGCUGUGUCUCAUUGCAACCAUUUGCAAAGCAAUGUCUUUUGGAUGCUACUUGUGGGGCUCCAUUGUAGAGCUGGUCUGGGCCAUUAUCAUAUUCAUUGUUUAUGCAAUGAAACUGGAUGUACUGCUGAGGUUUUUGCCAUGGACGGACUUCUUCAGAGCCAUCACAGGCACACUUCUGCUUUUCAUAUGUUCUCUUGUCUGCCUUAAGUUUGCAGUGACAAAUGAAUUUUCUAUGGAAAUUGCUGGCUCGGUUUUUGGUUUGCUGGCCGCAACAGUGUUUGGAUUUGACACCUUAUGCAUAAUAAAACAAAUCAAGGAACUGAAUGAGGAAUCUAAUAUCAUUUUGAUCUAAACAACGGACAAAUUGCAUACAGGAUAGUAACUUUUUUUUUUUACAUUUAACCCAUUACAAUAAGAAUUGUCCAAUAAUUUCAUGUCUUAAGUGGAUUUUAGACCUAUUUUAUUGCAAGGUUGUAUUUCUUUUCUUGGUUUGCUUCACUUUCACAAGCAUGCCACAAUUUGUUGAUGCGAUUCACAUCAAGAAUAAAACUUUUCUCUGUUAAA